UCCGGCGGUCACACCCCAAAGCUGAGUGUCUCCAUUUUGGCCGCGCAGGUGGAGACUCGACGAGAUCCCGCGGAGUAGCGGAGCGGAGUCAGCAGAACCGUGAGGGCCGAAUCGGCUCACAGCACAUUCUCCCUCCCUUCCUCCGCCCGCAGAAGCCGGGGGCUCUCAUGGCGGGCUUGGAGGUACUGUUCGCGUCGGCGGCGCCGGCCAUCACCUGCGCGCAGGACGCGCUCGUCUGCUUCCUGCACUGGGAGGUGGUCACGCAUGGCUACUACGGCUUGGGUGCCGGCGACCAGCCGGGUCCCAAUGAUAAGAAAUCAGAACUGCUGCCAGCGGAAUGGAACAACAAUAAAGACCUGUAUGUCCUCCGGUAUGAGUCAAAGGAUGGGUCCAGAAAGCUCCUUGUGAAGGCUGUCACUGUGGAGAACAGCAUGAUCAUCAAUGUGCUGGAACAUGGCUCACAGCAAGUGUCAGACUUGACCCUGAACUUGAAUGAUUAUAUCGAUUCAGAACACCUGGUGGACUUCCACAGGGUCUACAAGAAGAGUGAGGAACUUCGGUCUCGUCUUGUGUCUGGGAUCAUCACACCUAUCCAUGAGCAUUGGGUCAAGGCUAGCGUAAGUCCCCACCAGGAGUUUCCCCCUGCCACUGCCAGAGAGGUGGACCCACUCCGGAUUCACCCACGCCACCCACAUACCAGCCGGCAGCCUCCCUGGUGUGAUCCCCUGGGCCCGUUUGCUGUCGGGGGAGAGGACCUAGACCCCUUGGGGUGUCGGAGAGGUGGCAUGAUUGUGGAUCCCCUGAGAUCCGGCUUCCCAAGAGCACUUAUUGACCCAUCAUCGGGCCUCCCAAACCGGCUUCCUCCAGGCGCUGUGCCCCCGGGAGCACGCUUUGACCCCUUUGGACCCAUUGGGACCAGCCCAUCUGGACCUAACCCAGACCAUCUCCCCCCGCCGGGCUACGAUGACAUGUACCUGUGAAGGCCUCAAGAAUGUAACAUCCCAGCCUUCCCUCUACUCUCCUGGAGCUGCCACUGCUGGCCGCAUCAGCAACCGUUUUCUUGCAGGCUGGGGGCAAGGGACUCUGCCCAUGUGUUUGCAGGCCAGCUGGGAUUGCCUCCCCACCCCCUACCAGGGCCAAGGUACCUGCUGCAGCUGUCCACCUGGCUGCAUAUAGGUCCCAAAGAGAAAUCAGUGUCUCUCACCACCAGCUCCUCCCCACUUCCCAGGGAGACUCCGGCAACAUAUACCCUCGACCCGAUGCAGUCCCAGUUGCAGCACUGUAAGAACAGAACACAUUUUGGAUGUUAUUAUUAAGAACCAAAUGUCAAUACAAAACUCAUGUUGCCAGUCUCCCACGCUUCUUUGCUGCUCAGUUCCUUCCAUUUAUGAGACUUGAGAGUUUGAAUCUUUUUUUUUUUUUUUUUAAUGAUUUUAUAAACCUGGGAAGGACAUUUUAUUUAUUUGUUUAUCUAUGACUGUGUUGGGUCCUCGUCUCUGCGCGAGUGCUUUCUCCAGUUGCGGCAAGUGGGGGCCACUCUUCAUCGCGGUGCGCGGGCCUCUCACUGUUGAGGCCUCUCUUGUUGCGGAGCACGGGCUCCAGACGCGCAGGCUCAGUAACUGUGGCUCACGGGCCUAGCUGCUCCCCGGCACGUGGGAUCCUCCCAGACCAGGGCUCGAACCCACGUCCCCCGCACUGGCAGGCAGAUUCCCAACCACUGCGCCACCAGGGAAACCCCCGAGAGUUUGAAUCUUUGAGGGGCUAAGUGACUCUUUUUUCCUACCCAGGGCCUGUUCUUGCUUCUCAGGCACCUUCCUUUCAUAAAUUGCUCUUGCUCCUGACACCACUAAGAUGGGUCCCAGUCUGGCUUCAUGGAUGAAAAUGAGUGACUGGAAACCCCAUAGGCCACAAGGAUGACUUUCACAAGGACAGGCACAUUGCGGAAAGACUGCAUCAUUCUGAAAAGGGCAAAAUCUUCCAGUUCUGCUUGUCUGAGCCAGUCCUCUGGGUCCCUCUGUGCCUGGGCAAUGGCAGCCUAUGAACAGAGGAAUAAACAGAACAGACCUGAAGGCUAACCUCCUUUUUGCCACUAGCUUACUGAGUGACCCUAAGCAGGUCCCUUCCCCUCCCAGGGCCAUCGUGUCUACCUACGAAAUCUGAGGUGUGCCUUUCUUGCUCUAAAACAUUCUGAUGUCUGCUUCUAUGUCUGAUGACCCCUGCGAACUGGGGCAAAAGGGAAAGAAUAAAGGUUCAAGGCUUUUUGUGGUACUUA